AUGGCGACAGCAAUAAAUCAAGCGCCUGGUGACGGCAAUGUCGGCGCCAACACAUCAUCUACAGCUAAUUCUGAGACACGCGCCGCAACCGAAGUUUUUGAGACACCACGUACAUCAUUCGAUUACGACCUAAACGACGACAGCAAUUAUGGACGGCACGACACUGCAUCGUCAACUCUCUCCCCGAGUUCAAUAACUUCACCGCCGUACUGGCUCAACACACGCAACGGUCACCAGCGAACUAUUUCCAACAUGUCGGCCGAAUCUGUUCUUCCCGCUGGUGCCAUUACCCUUCGUGAUAACGAAACGAGCGACUUCGACGACCGCAACAGUGCUUGCUGGGCCAAGAGUGUUGAGAUCGUCAGCCACACUGUCGUCAAUGGCAGCGCGACGAAUAUCGGAGCUUUUGUAGUAUGGAAUAUACGUGUCGAGGCUCUCAAUGGAAGUUAUAUGAACAUUCGGAAACGAUACUCAGAGUUUGACGAAUUUCGAUAUCGGCUGGUGCAGACCUUCCCCGGAUUCGAGGCAGCGGUUCCGGCACUUCCGCCUAAAAGUGUCAUCUCCAAGUUUCGCCCUCGAUUUCUUGAAAAGAGACGGGCUGGUCUGCAAUACUUUCUCAAUUGUAUAUUGUUAAAUCCAGAGUUUUCUGGCUCGCCAGUACUCAAAGAGUUUCUCUUUGCAUAG